UAAAAAGAAAAACAGGGAGAAGCCCGAACCCACGAGGAUUGCUUGCUGCACAUCCAAAAGUCAUUCACGAUUCGAACCUUGACCGUGCUGGAAUCUAACACAAACUGUGUACAAGUGUAUAAACCCUCAUUGAACCGGCGAACCCAUUUUUAGACUAUUCGUUUACUUAUUUGCAACGUCGAUUAUGAGUUGAUUUUCAUAGAGAAAUUCGAAAAGCCCAGCUUCGCCAAAACAAGGAAAAUGUGUGUGUCAUUUGGUGGUGAAGCGAAUCCGACACUGACAAAAUCGAGCACAAACUAAAGAGACAUAACUUUCCAAAUAAAAAGGAAGAUAUUAAAACGGAGAAGGCAUGGAACCCAGAGAUCCUGAGAGCUUAAAAUGUCGACACAAAUCUACGCCGUGGAGCAGAAGCGACGAAGACGAAGAGGACGAAGACGAUUGCACAGGCAGUCCAUUGGCGGAGGCAUCUGCGGAGCAACGGAUGCUGGCGCAGUCCGGCCUUUACAAAUCGUCACCUUUGCUCGAUUCAUCUCCAACGGCGCCCAAGAGUCCAACGACAGCGUCGAUCGAACUCCACCGCCAGUUAUUGGCACUGAGACGCGGGAGUCGGGCGUCUCGGGGCAGUACCGGCAUGAUCGAGAUGGUCGAGGACGCUCUGGGUGGCGCAGUCGUCCCGCCGAACGUUGCCGGCAACGGCGUUGCGGGCACCAUGGACGCCCGUUACCGCAAGUGGCAAACGAGGCUUUACAACUUUCUGGAAAGGCCAAGAGGUUCUAAAGCGAUCGCGUAUCACGUCGUCGUGUUCGUGAUGGUUUUUGCCUGUUUGGCUUUAAGCGUCUUUUCCACCAUCGAAGAAUUCCAGGAAUCGGCCGAUGUAGCCCUUCUCUACAUGGAAGGAUUGGUCGUUUUCUGGUUCACAGUCGAAUUCGUUUUCCGGUUAUGGUCGUCCGGCUGCCGUUCACGCUACCAGGGAUUUCUCGGCCGUUUGAAGUUUUUACGGCGGCCUUUCUGCGUGAUCGAUGUCGUGACGAUCGUGGCCAGCGUCGUCGUCAUCUCGCUGGGCAGCGGCGGGCAGGUAUUCGCCACGUCGGCCCUCCGCGGUCUCCGCUUCUUUCAAAUUCUGCGGAUGGUGCGCAUGGACCGGCGCGGAGGCACCUGGAAACUUUUAGGCUCCGUCGUCUACGCCCACCGACAGGAGCUAUUCACGACUGUAUAUAUCGGAUUUUUGGCGCUGAUAUUUUCCUCUUUUCUGAUGUACCUGGCGGAGAAGGAAGCCAAUCCGGAGAAGUUUAGCAAUUUCGCCGACGCGCUCUGGUGGGGAGUUAUCACGCUGUCAACAGUGGGUUAUGGGGAUGCUUUCCCAAUCACAUGGCAGGGCAAACUAAUUGCUUCCGGAUGUGCCCUUAUGGGAAUCUGCUUCUUCGCGCUACCUUCCGGCAUUUUAGGAUCCGGAUUUGCUUUAAAAGUGCAGCAACAACAACGACAAAAGCAUAUGAUCAGACGGCGCCAACCAGCCGCCUCUUUGAUCCAGUGUUUGUGGAGGUGUUGCGCCGCCGACGGACUCUUCCGCUCCGUUGCCACGUGGAAAGUUCACAUGCCGAGUCCUAGCUCGUACAAACACAAUACGUCAUUCGUGAUGACAAGGUUGCCAACAAUCCGGCGGCCGAAAGUUCCUCCACCGGCGCACAAAAUAGCCAUGGCUUCGGCCAACCUUGCUGGUUGUGCCAUCUCGGGACAAAUUCACGAAACGAGUGAAUACGGCGUUCAAAUCACGAACAACGGCAUCAACCGGAAGCCCGUUCACGAGAGCAGCCGCAAUUCAUCGGACGAAGAUGAGGAGCACCCUGUCCGUUACAUCCAGCUGACUCCACAAUACCGUAUGGCAAUCCGUGCCAUCCGCAAAAUGAAGUUCCUUGUGGCGCGACGCAAGUUCAAGGAGGCCCUAAAGCCCUACGACGUCAAAGACGUCAUCGAGCAAUACUCGGCUGGGCAUGUUGAUCUCUUGGGGCGAGUCAAAGCCUUGCAAGCCAGACUGGACCAGAUACUGGGCAAACAAGGAUCCAAAGGCGGCAAGGACGUCUACGACAACAAAUACUGUCUAGCCUCCCGCAUCGUCAACGUCGAACGACAGGUGGGUGAUAUUGAGGCCAAGGUGCAAAGGAUCCUGGAACUGUGCCUGGAGAAUAGACAGUCAAAGAAGAACAGUAAUGAUUCCGAUGGACGCGCUACUGUGAGCCAAACCGAUGUACCAUCAUCGGAGUCUGUUCCAUUAUCAAGAAUGGAAGCUACAACAACGAGGCCAGAUCCUCCAUCGUCCUUGGGUUUGGCUUGCUCGUCAUCGGUGUCGCAUCCAUUAGCGCUGCAAGCUUCGCUCAAACCGAUUUUGGUGCUCGACAGAGGGCACGAAACUCCGGCCAACAUCGCCGACGUUCAUCAAGAACAACAACAAGGACAAGAGGAGCAUGAGCAACAACAUCAAGCGUCGCCUGUCAAAAAGCGCGUCACCUUGCAGUCGCUGUGACGACCCUUGUUCUUCCACCCGUCGACAAUACAUCCAUCCAUUCUGUUUGUUCCUUCGUGAAAAUAUCCUGGCCAUUUUUUGUGUGUGUUCUUGUUGGAAGGGGUUUUUCUCUGUUGGCGCAUGCUCUAUGACGUCGACCUCGAUCUUUCAUUCUCUUUUUCUAUUCUUCUUCCUCCUCUUUCGCCACACCAUGUUACACGCAGAGGGAAAAGAGACGAUGUGGAAAUUCAAUCAAACUCUUUUAUCGCU